AUGUUUUCGGAGAAGAAUGACUUCUACGUAGCGACGACCCGCUUCGACCAUAUUCACAUCUACGUUGCCCAGAAUCGCCGAGGCGUCGGCAUCGAGGCGGUAAAAGUGCGCAACGGCCACAAGCUGGUCAAAGAGGGGGAUGAGAUGAAAAGCCCAGCGCCAUUCCCAUUCCUCGACCUCUCGGAAACCCAAAAAACGGCCGUCUACCACCGGAUCGACUUUUGGCAAAAGUUCAAGCUGCGUCUGGUCGCUAGGGUUUUCCACCAAAGACCGGCCCACCAUUUGAUUAUUGGUACAAGGUUUAACGAUAUUUACGUCGAGACGCAACGACCGGAAUGGAUUUAUCGGAGGCUUGACCCCUACAACGAAAUCAUGUUCACGAUCGAUGACGGCAUCGGGCACACGCACUUAGAUGUAACCGUCGACGUCGGGCAUUUUGGGCCACCUUUGGAGCUCGUAUUCCUAAAUAUGCAAGGUGGCGGCCCGAUACGCGACGCGUUAGACGUGCUGCGAUGGCCAUUUGUCACGGGAUGUAUGGCAGAGACGGCCGAGGACUUCAAAACUGUGCUGCAUGCAGAACGACAACUAGCCCGUCAGCCAUAUCGGUUUUCACUCCAAUUUGGAGACCACCGGACUGCCUGGCGAGCCCCGCUCACAGAUGAUGAAUAUGGGUUGAUUUUUGCAGAGCCCAAAUACCAGCUCCCCGACAAGCUUCGAAACCUUCUAAAAGCGCAGAUUGGCCCCAACGACGAGGCCACAGCUUUUCGGCACACCCAGUUUUCGGAGAAGAAUGACUCCCACGAAGCGACCCGCUUCGACCAGAUUCACAUCUACGUUGCCCAGAAUCGCCGAGGCGUCGGCAUCGAGGCGGUAAAAGUGCGCAACGGCUACAAGCUGGUCAAAGAGAGGGAUGAGUGUGUCCCAAUCCCUUGGCGA